AUGGGAACGCCGAAUAAAAAGAUGGUGAAAGCGUGUACGAGAUGUAAGCAGCGUAAAAAAAAAUGCACUGGUGAUCUUCCAUGCGAAUACUGUUCAAAGAUCAACCAACCUGAAGGCUGUGAGUACAAAGCGAGAGUGAAAUCGAAGGUUGCUAAGGUUACAGAAAGGUACAUAAACUCGCUCAAAAGCAGAAUACGAGAGUUAGAAGUCGAGGUCGCGAAAGGUGCUCCAGGUUCUACUCUUGACUAUGACAACCACGCAAGUGCUUCAGAUAUCAAUCCACUCCUUGAGCCCACCUAUGGAUUGGAAUUCCAUUCAAAGAACGAAUUAGAGCCAAAAACAACCAAGAGAUAUUUGGGCACAUCCGCUUGUGCCCAGUUUCUUAGAAAGGUGAAGCAAUCCAUUGCAGAUACUUGCAACGAAGGUCUGUUAUCCCAUGACCCAAGUUAUACAAGCGGAACCCCGCUAGCAACCGAUCCAGAAGGUAGUAUUGAUCGAGGUUACAUUGCGAACGUGGUAGCAGAACAUCUUCCAAACUCUUCAGAUGCACAAAGACUCAUCAGUAAUGCCUCCAAAAUGAUAGGUGCUGAUUAUCUGUUCAUCGAACCGCAGUAUUUCGAAUUAACGGUCGAGCGCAUGUUUUACCGGGGUUCAGUGCCCAAGCAUGCCAUUGACCUAAUUCAGUUCUCAGUUGAACUUCUAAGGUUUGUGAGCUAUCUGGCCCUUGGCUCUUUGUUUGAUAAAACAAGGCAGGGCUCAAAGUCAUUGAGUGUAAGGCUACAUUCCACGUGUAUCUCCAUUUAUGGGCAAUUGACCAGUGUGUAUGAUCAAGCAGCAAGCACCUCGAUGGUUCAAUCUUUAUUGUGUAUUGCAUAUUUUGCUCUGUCACAAAACAAGACAACUUUUGCAUUUACUAUGGUCGGAAAUGCCAUUCGUAUCAUGUUCACUUUAGGAUAUCAUAAAAGUACGCAAUCUCAGAGGGAAAACCGCACUUUCUGGUUGUGUUUCAUAUAUGAUCGCUUGCUGGCCGUACGUUUUGGGUUUCCCCUUAUGAUAGAUGAGCGGGAAAUCAAUGUCCCCGUUUUUGACCAAGCCGAGGGAGCACAGCGUGUUGUUUCACUAGAUAUGUACCAUUUUGUUGCCCAGGUACGACUGGCAAUGGUUACCACACAAGUCAUCACCAAAAUUUACAUUCAAAAUCCUUUUUCUUUUCUUCAUAACUGCCAUUUAGUGCUAAGGCAAUUGAAGAGCUGGUUUGACUUGCUUCCUGAUGAACUCAAAUUUGAUUACAACAACAUCAAAUCGGGCUUGAUAAGAUCGACAUUUAACUUGCACAUCAACUACAAUUAUUCGAUAAUGAUAACCACUCGACCCGUUUUAUUGUACGUUUUCAAUGUGAUACUGACAAAAGGAAGCCAUGGCGGCGAUCUAUUCGAAAAUGACCAAUUCAAUCUUAUAUUGGAUCUGCUUGAAUCUUGCAUUCAAGCUGCUGAGAUUCAAAGUCGAAUAUUAGCGAAACUCUACUAUGAUGAUAAAAUGGCCGUCAACUCCUUUUUGGACUGCCAUUAUAUCUUCAGCGCCACAAUAAUUCUCAUUUUGGCAGGUUAUUGUCAAAUGCUAAUGAAAAAAAGUGUACUGUAUUCCGGUGGCAUAGAAUGCUUGUUUGACGCCAUAAAGAACAACCUAAAUUUUUUGCAGCGACUUUCCGAACAUAACAUAGUUGCUCGCAAUUUCAACGAGCAACUGACGGAAUUCAUUGAUAUGAUGAGUUCUGAACAAGUUGUUCAAGUUUUGAACCCCGAUACGAACGAUAACCAACCAUAUAUCUUAUUUUCUCGUUCCACGCAGGGUCAGACUUUCCUAUCCAAUGAUCAACACAGCGAAGAAAAAGAAUUUAAUAUUGCAGAUGUCGGAUUUGUAGAUUUAUCUGAACUACUUGAUAAUAUGAACAAUCAGUUUCUGUCAGGAACAUCUGUUGACGAUUUUUUGAAUGCAAACUUUUGA